AUGGAGGAUCGAUUUGCUGAAACCUUCACGCAAUAUCAAUCUCAAAGAAAGAAGAUUUUGAUACCGUCUGCUGACAAAUACAAUGAAAUCGUUAAAGAAUUAAUGAAUCGUUGGUCAGGGUGUCAAAUUGUGCACGGGCGACCACGACACUCGCAAUCACAAGGAUCCGUUGAAAGAGCAAAUCAGGAUGUUGAGAGAAUCCUUUGCACUCAGCUACGUGAAGAAAAAUCUACAAGGGUGAAAACGAAAAUGAGGUCGACGAAAACGAAAAAUUUGACGACUCGAGUGAAUCGAUUCGAGCCGCAACCACAGAAAAUCCAACUUUUUUUCCGGACACAAGUGACGAAGUGGACGAGGAGUUCGAGAAGGCAAUGGAGU